AUGUCAUCCGAAGUCCCCGCUCAAAUCCUCGCCGCCUGCGCGUCUCCAUCUCUGGGCGCCCCCGUUGUCAAGGAGAUCGCUUUCAACGGGACCGCACACCAGUCUUCUCAUGUCGUCGUUCGCAACACGGCCGUCGGACUCAAUCCAACCGACUACAAGCAUGCUCGAGGAGACUGGAGUUCCCGUCGGGCGGUAGUCCUGGGCAGCGAGAGCGUUGGUAUCGCCGUUCGAGUUCCGACCGAGGUUGAGCACAUCAAGCAAGGUGAUCGCGUGGCAGGUCUGAUCUACGGCGCCGCAGAUGAAACGAACGGCGCGGCAGCUCAAGCUACGCUCUACGACGGGGCUCAUGUCUGGCCCGUACCUGCCGGCAUGUCUGAUGAGGAGGCCGCCGGGUUCUCCCUCGCCCACUUUACGGCCGUUCAAACUUUGUACUUGCGUUGGAACUUGCUCAAGCCCUCACAACGUGACCCUUCUGUCGCCAAUCACACGAUCUUGGUGUGGGGCGCUUCGACCGCCGUGGGUCAUCACGCUGUACAGCUUUUGAGCCAGUCCGGAUACAGAGUCAUAGCUGUCGCCUCGACUGCCAGGCACGAAGCUAUUCUGCGAUUGGGAGCUGUCGCUUGCUUCGACUACAAGGAUGGUGAUGUGGUCGACAAGAUCCGUCGAGCCGCCGGCGACAACGGAAUUCGAGCUGCCUACGAUACCGCUGCUAGCAAUGGGUCCACCGAUUUGUGCAUUGAUGCUAUUGGACCCCAAGGCGGCAAGGUCAUGAGCACGCUCCCACCAUCCGAAGACUCUAUCAAACGCCGAUCGGACGUGGCAGUCGAAUUCUGCCUGGUCUACACGCUCAUGGGAUACAAGUUCACCUUUGCAAACGCAUUCGACUUCCCCGCUCAGCCGGAAGACAGGGCAAGAGCCAGUCAGUGGAUCUUGAACGAGCUCCCGAUGCUUCUGGACGGCUGGAAGCAAGGAGCAGGUUCUCCUCGUUACAAACCCCAGCAGGUCCGGGUCGUGGGCAAAGACCUCGACGGCAUCGAACUCGGCAUCGAAAUUCUCCGCUCCGGCAGUUAUCAAGCUGAGAAGCUCGUCUGCCGAAUUGUCUGAUGCAUCGUCAGGUCUGGAACCGUUACAAACGACCAAGAUUUCAUGCACUGGUCACACCUCUCGUCGACCUGUCUCCUGAAUAUUUAGGUCUCCCUCAUGUCAACUUUUCAAUGGAUAGCGACUCACGCCGAGCCAGAC